AUGUUGAAUAUUAAAUGUGAUGGAAGAAGUGUUAGUAUAGUAGUAAAAAUUAUAGAUGAUUGGAAAGAAAAAAGAGAAUUUAUUUAUUUAAAAAAUGUUGAACUAAAAGAGCGUUUUGUAUUGAAAAAAAUUGAAAAAUGUAAUAAUAGAUUUGGUAGUAGCUUUAAUUAUAAUAUUGAGGGUUUUUUGUGUCGAAUUGAAGUAAACAGCGAACGAAAUAUUUUUAAUGUUGAGAUUGAUUAUAGAUCAGAAUAUCCUGAAGAAUUACAAAGAAAACUAUUAAUUGAUAUUGGCAAAAAUAAAAUUGUUCAAAAUAUUCAUCCUAGAUUUGAAAAACAGGUAUUUUUUUGA